GAGACAGAGCUCCAGGUUUCUUCAGACUCCAAGAGUUCCCCCUGCAUCUCUUUCACUUUGUCAUUAGCUCGGAAACAGCUGAUGGAGAAACACUGUGCCACUGGUCCAACAGCGCAGCGCACUCACCUCAAUGAGGAGGCAGAGACCUGUUUCUCCUUCUCUUUAAGAUAACAAGUUUCUCUUCUUUCUUUCUUUCUUUCUUUCUUUCUUUCUUUCUUUCUUUCUUUUUUUUCCCUGGCUGCAGCAUGAGCGCUGAAUGCAGCAGUUAUUACAGCGCUGACGGGGUGUCUGUGGACGGAUUCUCCUGCCCCAAACCGGGAAAUGCCGUCCUCGCUGUCUACUGCUGCGGAUUUAAUGAUUUUAAGUAUUGCUGUGAUGAUCCCAACAGUUUUUUCCCGUAUGAGUACGGAUACAUGUGGUGGCUGAGUAUCGGCGCUCUGGUUGGUCUGUCCAUUGCAGCAGUGGUCCUCCUUGCCUUCCUCAUCACAGUAUGUGUCCUCUGCUACCUCUUCAUCGCCACCAAACCCAGUUGCCUUGACAACGGCCUACCCCUCAGAGCACCAGCAGGAGAUCCCAGGGAGGGAUCCAGUCGCACCGGUCCACAGGGAUUCAGAAAACACUUCAUGAGCAGGAAGUUGGACUGUGAUAACCAACCGCCAGCUCCUGAGCUCUUGUUUCAAAGGUGUUUCACAGCUAACGUCACCAGCGUGAAAGUGGAAAGUCCCUCGUAGUCCUUUGGAAGACCUCUAUUUCAAAAGUGGGACCAGCAGCGCAGAGAUCAAGAAAGCCUGUGAAUCUUGAAGCAGCUGCCAGAGGACUGCUAUGAACAGAUAUCUGCAUAUGAUAGAGAAACUGUAGACAAAGGGCCAAGAUCUUGGCAAGUCACAUUUGAUUUGGCUCAAACUAACAGACCAUUUGGAGAACAAAAGAGGAAGAACGCAUCGGCUGAAAUGCAAUCACGGAAUCAUCUGUCGCCUGACAAUUUUGCUUUUUAUUAGCUUUUUAAAAAGUUAUCUACAUUUAAAGAUUCUGCAGAAAUCUGUUUACAGAGAUUAUCAGAAUGUGUAUUUCUGACCAUUUUUGCGUAUAAGGUUGCUAAUCAGACUGCCUUGGCCUGGGUAUCUGCUUUCUGGAUACAUUGAAAACCCAGAAACAUUGACCUUUGCCCCCAGAGGCUAAAUCGUCAUUAGACGAUAGCAGAUGGGUAGCUGACACACAAUGAAGGCUUGAUGAAUGAAUGAAUGCAUGAAUGAAUUUCAUCAUGCACUAAAUUUCUCUCUGUCUCAUGACUGUUUUAGCACAUCUGCCACCUUUUACUCAGGGACUGAAGGAUUUGUGGGAAGGAUCUACAGUCAGAUGAAACUUUUCUCAACAGAAAAAUGGUUAUUCAUUCAAAUGCUUAAAAUGAUCUAUGUUUAUGUUUUGUAAUCAUGCCAGUACUGAUUUGACCGAGAUCUGUGUCCCAUUAACAGUCAAAGCUGCUUUUCUUUAAAGGUCCAGGGUGUACAGAAUAUAGCAAAAAUGGAAUAUAAUAUGCAUAAUUAUGUUUUAAUUAAUGUAUGCUCACCUGAAAAUAAGAAUCAUUAUGUCUUUCUUACCUAAGAAUGAGCCUUUUAUAUCUACAGAUGCCUAAGAGGUCCUCUGAACUGCCAUGUGUCCAAAGUAGCCUGCAAUGGACAAACCAAACACUGGCUCUAAAUACAGUCAUUCGCAUCUUUUGCACGUUUCACAGCCACUGUAGUUUCUCAUUCACAAUAAGAAGGAAAGGGUGAGGUGAGGGGGUAACCAUCACCAUCAAUCCAUCAAUCUGGUUCUUUACCUAUAACCAUGUUUCUCUCAAUGUAACCAAUUUUGUUCAGAGACAUUUCUGCCAUUUUUGUCUUUAAAUUGAUAGACAACAUUUAAGAUAGAACACUGGGAACUGACAUUCAAAUGUAUCCAGUGAUGCAGAGGGUGUGCCAAUGCAGGGGGCUUUGGCGAAACAAAAUGCUGGGUUGUCCAGCAAAAAAGUUGAUCCUGGCUCAGCCUUUUCGGCAAAGCACUGGAGUAGCACAACUGUUUACCUCAGUUGUGCUGAUGAAAGUUCAUAUAUUUGCUGCUGUUUUCAUUUCUAAGUAAAAUUCAGCCUCAGAGUAUUUUCAACAGCAGUGCAGUGUUUGCUUCAUUGAUAGCAUUUCAAAGCUCAUCUCAGCAAUCCCCCACCAAGGUGGCCUCUUGCAUUGUUUUAACGCAUGUCUGUAUUUGAUCUGAGCACCUGCUGAACCAUUGAAGUCAUAGGGGUCAAUGGUUAAGUCAAUAGCUUUCGUGUGUGAUACACAGGCAGCUUCUGAGAGACGGGUACUGUUGAAACUGUAGCUUUCAGUACUUUUCUGAGGUUAUUCAGUGUUACAUUGUGGUCCAGGUGAAGGUGAAAACAAGUUUAUUAAGUGUUGAAAAGACCAUUUCAUGCACCGUCUUUGCCAGAAACCUUCUACAAAGCUGCAAUCAGUGUGUAUAUUGAAUAUGAAGUUUCAGUCUGAGUUAGAGAAAUUUAAGUGAAUCCCAUAGUCUCCACAGACACUUUGUGGUGAUUGUGGUGCGGUGGCAAGAUUGUAACAAAAAGAGAAAACUUGGUAGCUGCCCACAAUCUGCUGCUAGCCAGCUGUCAGCAGGAUAUACCUAAGGACCUGCAUGAGACAGCCAAAAACAUGAACCAGCUCAGUGGAAGAGCACUACUUGAUUUGUAUAAUUCUACUGAAGCUUCAUAUUUAACUUCUGCUGAACUGUAGAAUGCAAGACAUUGGAUUUUCUUUCUCCAUCUGUUACAUAUAAAUGGCAAUAGGAAGGACUCAAUUGUAGAUUAACCUCUUGUCAGUCUUAUCUAGUUUGCAGUACAUUUGGAUUUCACAUCAACACUGGCAGUAUGAUGUCAAUAAAUGUUAUACCAGCCUUUUGUCUUUUGUCUGAAGAGUUCUGAUUGCUUUAAAGUGUCACUGUAUAAAACGAUGCAUACAUAAGAGAAAUGUGUCCUUACAUUUCUGUGGACACAUACACUGUAUGCCCUUGUUUUUGUAACUCAGAAUGGUAGCUUAAGUAUUUAAAAUUCAUGCAAAUUGUCGGGUCUUAUAUUCAUGAUAAAGUUUUGCUUGUGUAAUUGUUGUACAGAAAAAUGACCUCAACACAGUCUGUUAUCUUUUCCGUUAAAAUGUGCUGCAAAACUGAGAAGUAAAGCUGAAAGAGCCUCAUUCAUGUUCAUAAAUGUGCUGCCUUAUUUAUUUAUGUUUGGAAGAUUUUUUGUUGUACUGCAUUACAGUAUGUCAAUGUAAAUGCCUGCAUCAAGGUAUGUGUAGUACUACUGCAGCAUAUAAAACAUGGGCAUUUCAAAGUAUGAAAGAGGAAAAUAAGGCAGAGGAUUCACUUUAUUUUCAUAUCAUGUCCGCUCUGUUAGAUGGCAAUGUUUUUCAAAUGUGCUGCAUGAAUGUACAUACUGGUUUAUUCACACAGGUCUUGAAAGAGCAUCAAUAAAAUCGGAAUCAAAAGACAUAAUCUAUUUAUUAUGAAGUGAUGAAG